GCUUAAAACUGAGCACUUACACACUUAAUUAAAAUUAAAUAUGUAAACCCAAAACAUCUGAACUCUAUAAAAACAGACCAGACGUAUUUAAAGUGUUUUGUGCAACAUUUUCCUUCACUCUCACAAAAUCACGCCUUAAAAUCCCCGAGCGACCUGAUAUACCCACGGCAUUUCUCGCGAGCUCGGAGCUGCAGGGCUCGAGCUGCUCUGCCCGGUGUGUGUGUGUGUGCUAGUGGUUACGACACCUCAGUGUAAACAGCCAUGGCUGCCCUGCGCAGGCUUACACAUUCACUGUGCUCCAAAACAGCGACGUUUACGCCGCAGGGACAACGAGGCAGCUCGACGGCGACAAAGGUGCUGAAGGUGGUCGCAGCCGGAGUCUGCGUCACCGCCGCGGCCGGAGCUGCUUAUUACGGCUCGAGCUCCGGGCUGAAGAGCCGUGUCGAGGCUCGGCUCCGUCAUCUGGCGCUGCCGUCAGUCUCCGCCAGCGAUAAGGCCAGGAGCUAUGGUCUGGACGAUGGAGAUGUGUACAUGUCAUCCUAUGAAAACAGAUUUCGCCUGUUCAGUACAGUGGAGUGCGAUGGCCAGCUCUACAUGACGCCACUCAACUUCAUCGAGUCCAUCACUUUGAAUGAACCCAAGAGUAGGAGAGCAAGGAAGUCCCUCACCACAAAGGAUUUAGACAAGAUGUUGGCUGAUACCCCGCCUGUUUGGAAAGGAUCAUCUAAUCUGUUUAGAAAUCUUCGUGAACGAGGUGUCAUCAGUUACACAGAGUACCUCUUCCUGCUCUGCAUUUUAACAAAGCCCCAUGCAGGCUUCAGGAUCGCUUUCAACAUGUUUGAUGCAGAUGGGAAUGAAAUGGUGGACAAAAGGGAGUUCUUGGUGCUGGAAGAAAUUUUCCGUAAGAAAAAGGACAGAAAGGAAGUUGCUGAAGACGUGCAAAGAUUUGACCAGCAGAGCCUGCAGCUGUACGGUCAUCACAAAUCCCAGCCGCACACUGUUCUUAAAAAAGGCAGUCAGCAUGUGGAGGCCCGGGGCAUGUGGGAUGUUCUGAGACGUGGCACAAGUCAAGUUCUGUUUUCUGAUCUCACUGAGCAAAUGGUUGAGAAGACAGAGACAACACUUCUGGUGCAUUUCUUUGGGAAAAAAGGCAAAGCCGAGUUGAAAUUUGAAGAUUUUUACAACUGCCAUCCGUCUCGCUUCUCCAGGUUCAUGGACAACCUGCAGACAGAGCUGCUUGAGAUAGAGUUCCUCUCCUACUCCAGAGGCUUGCCCACCAUCAGCGAGGAAGACUUCGCUCAGAUCCUCCUCCGCUACACUAACGUGGACGAUGUCAGCGGGUAUUUGGAAAACGUCCGCCACAGCAUGCCGGACGAAAAGGGAAUCACCUUUGAGGAGUUCAGGUCCUUCUUCCAGUUUCUUAACAACCUGGAGGAUUUCACCAUCGCCAUGCAAAUGUACAACUUCGCCAACCGCUCCAUUGGUCAAGAGGAGUUUACCCGUGCUGUCUACGUUGCCACGGGCAUCAAGCUGACCCGCCACCUGGUCAACACAGUCUUCAAGAUCUUCGACGAAGAUCGUGAUGAUAAACUCAGCCACAAGGAGUUCAUCGGCGUCAUGAAGGACCGGCUGCACCGCGCUGACGGGGGUGUCAGAGGGGAGGAGAAGUUCACCUCUUUUAAGUCCUGCAUGAAGAAGGAGCUCUCAAGCAAAUAGGUGAAAAUCCCAUCAUCUCUGCAUGUCUUACAAACUGGACGAGCCGUGCCUCCUCUUGUGUUUUCUUCCAGGACGGGCGGGUUAACGCAUGUUGUGGCAUCUUAUUGCACUUUGUUACAAGUUUUUAAAUAAACAGGAUGUGUCUCAAACAGGAUGUGGUUAGCCCAGUGGGAAGCUGUCAAACAAACAAGAAUGACCCUUUAUGACUAAACAAGAACAUCCACUGAAUUCCAUUGUUUCAGGAUUCUGAAUUGGACUCAAUAAUUUGUCUAACUGCCUUUGAACUAUUAAUUGAUUUGUGCACUUGUAAAUAUAUUGAUCCCUUUAGGAUUGUUAUUUAAAAGUCCUACGUUGUCUUAUUGUUGCUCUGCUUCGUUCAGGCUGAUUCUACUUUUUGUCCCGCAUGGCUGCAUUGCACACACACUUUGUCCUUCUGUCGGCUCUGCAGCCCCCCUGCACAGAUCAGCUUAGGACAGCACCUCCCCCCUCCCCCUUCUCCUCUCUCCCAAAGCGCUGCAGCUAAAAACCCUCUGGGAUCCCCCAGAGGCAGGAGGCCUGAAGCAAACCCAGUCUGUGGCUCCUUUUACUGUAUAACUACGGGCAGCUAUCAGUGUUAAUCAUUUCUUGGCUAGUAAAGACUAGUUCUGUUUCCAUAUCACUAGCAGCGGAGACAUCGUUAUAAAUAAAUAUGCAGAAUACUGAAGCCAUAUGUUUGUUCCUCAAGGGGGGCACUCAGCUGAAAUAAGUGUUGGUUUUAAAGGAGCAAUAUAUGAAAAUGACCCUCCCUUUCGGCUCUGUAAGGAAGAGUUUACACUUUGUUAUCUUCUCUAUAGAAACCUUCUCUUAAACUCCUGUUCUCUCUUACUGGGUGAUGCUGUUGUUUUCUGGUGUGAUUUUUGCUUUGGGUGGGGUCUUUUACAUGUUACAUGCUGCACCAGAAUACUGAGUUUGUAUUUCAGGCCACUUUCUGUUUAUUUUUGGUUGUUUGGUGUAGUUAGUCUACCUCUUCAAGAGUUUUGAAAACUUCUCUCCAUAUGUGCUUCUUUUAAAUCAGGCCUUGACUGUUACGCUGCCAUUAGAGUGUACAUGCAUCGCUGAAGACAUGGUGCAAUAAAUAUAACAUAAAGUA